AGAGACAGUCUGCUAACCAGGACUCCCCUCAGCGGGUGAUGAAGGUGAGCAGGGUGCUUCAGCUGAUCGUCUGGGUGGUGGGCCUCUGUCUGGCACAGCAAGUCCCACCACAGUCCAGCCCUGGCUCCAGGGAACGGGGUGGUGGCCAAGUCCCUCUGCCCCAGCUGAAGGUGCUCUCUGCAGGGCUUGUUCACCUCCUGCAGGGGCUCCAGGAGAGCCGGGGCUACGUAGAGAAGCACGUGGAGCAGGUCACAGGGGAGCUGGAGGGGACCGAGCAGGACGUGGAGAGGCUGCGUGAGCUGGGGGUUCAAGCGGGUAGGACCCACCGGCGAGUGAGGGCAGACCUCCAGGUCCUGAAAGCACAGGGGGACCGGCUGGAGAGAGCGACCCGGGAUCUGCAGCUGGAACUGGGGGCUAGAGAGGCUGAGCGGAGGGGCCUGGAGCUUAGGGUGAGCAGGGUCCUGGAGAGGGUGAAGAACGCAGCGGAGCCGGUAUCAGCGGCUGACUCUCUAGUCGACAUGAGUCUACUAAAGGUCAUUCUGGAGACUCAGUCAGGCAGGCUGGCUGAUCUGGCCUUGGAGGUGAGGAACCAGGACGUGAUGAUUGACAGGAACCUGCAGCACAUCAUGGACCUGGAACAGCAGGUGUCUCACAUCAGGGGCCGAAGACCCCCUGCCAGGUCUGGGGGGGCAUUCUGAUUGGUCUGUUCAGAGGGAUGUCACAUUCUUAUUGGUCGGUUUGCAGUAAGGGGGGGGCGGGUGUUCUGAUUGGGCUGUUGUAAAGAGCAGCUGUGUCAAUAGUAACUCUCUAUCCUCUCCUAACAAAACCAUGCAACCUUUGGUGGCAGCAUAGAUGUCUAUAACGAUACAGUAGAUCAUCCAUGGUAGGAAAUGCUUUUUCCUCAUCCUGGUGAAGGGUUUAUAAAAACAUAGUUGUGUGUCAGAUUUAUCUGCAAGUGUUGUGGCUCUGUGGGAAAUGUUAUUUUUAGAAACCCUUGUAAAGCAUUUCCUUGUCAAUCCCCCAGCACCCAAAUAAACAGAUUCAUCAAGAUGGAACAAGACAAGCUACCAACGGCUCUUCCUGUCACCUUUGCCUGAGAAACCUGGCUAUCCUCAGCUUCUAACUGUUUUUUUUUCAUCCUUCUCCUCUGCCAGCCAAAUGGGGCAAAGGUUGGGUGUAUGAAAACUUUGAACACAAAAACUCUUAUCUACAGGAGCCAGACAUACUUCACAAGAUUGAUAGGACACAAGGAACUUUGGUCUACGUCAAACAAAGGAGAGAGAGAGAGACAGAGAGGGUGAGACAGAUGGAUAUAAAGAGAGACACAGAGACAGUCUUUAGUUCCAAAGCCUCUGCUGAAUUAAUGAAAUGUCAAUGUAAAAUGUAAACAUGCGACCAACUGCACCAUAAGCAUAUCUACAAUAACUGAUGAUCAUAAGCU